ACCAAAUUGACGACGACGUUCAUCAGAUUCUGGAAUGGCGAGAAUGGCCCCGUCACGUACGCGCGCCGUCAAGGCACCCGCCGCCUCCGCUGCUGCUCGUAAGCGGCGCCGGACGUCUCCCGAUUCCUCUUCUUCCGAGGAUGAGCAGGAGUUGGUGAAAGACACGCGUCGAGGCCGCGGCAAGCGGCAGAAGGCCAGCGCCAUUCUAAACGAAUUCACGAGUCUGGACGCGCUGCUGAGCAACGACCUGGCAGAAAAGCGUAAACGCGAGAAUCGCGAGCGCAAGCUGCAGAAGUUGCGCCAAGAGAGCGAGACUGUGGACAAGGAUGCACCGCUGGGAAAGCUCAUGAGUAGCAUGGACACCAACAUGUCGACGCUUUCGGGUGACAGCUAUCUGUUCUCGGCCCCAGAGGUGACAGUCACGGAAGAAAAGUUCGGCUAUGUAUUCACACCAAUGACCGAGGUCUGUGACUUGACUGCCGAGAGACUAUAUAUGAUAUAUAAGGACUAAUUGCUGCUUGGUGGUUUGAUUGAUUCAGCCGCUGCCGUACCGCACGUACAAGGCGACGGAAAAUGAGCUACAGAGCGACCUCAAGCUCGUGUACGAGACCAUGCAAACUACUGACGAUGAAGAGCUGAGCGGACUUCUGUGGUCCAAAGCCAUUUUGAUUCGCUGCAUGCUCAAGCGCCAGAGUGAAUCAACCAGUCGAGACGCUGGGAUGACGCCCAUAAUCCUACCUUCAAAGAUUGGAUCUUGGUUAUUUAUGACGAUGUCAACUCACAGCAAUAGCCACGUGGUUGGAGGGUGCUUCAGCAACCUCUUUUUGAUUCAGAGCUCCGCUAAGAAGAUGUUCAUCCCGAAUUUAAACUCGGCUCUUCCAGUGGCGUGUUUUUCGCAUCCGAUUGAGGAUUUUCGGUCAGCGUUUGGCACCAAUACCCCUCCUAUCGAAAUGGAAUGGGAGCCGUCCAUCUACGACUUCCUCAAUGCCUUCCGUGCAUACGGUUUCCAAGACAGUAAACGAUCGAUGAGUGUAAAAAGCAAGAUCCCUGCGACGCCCCCGUCCACAAAGAAGCGCGUGCUGCCCUUCCCGACCUUGAAUAUGCACUAUGUGCUCAUGUACUUGGUACUUUGUCUGCGCACCAAGACGCUGAAGUUGGAAGGAUAUGACGCAUUCAGUUUUACGAUGUUCUUCCUGCGCAUGCAAUUUGAAAGCGAUAUUCAUGCCAGUAUCGUAGACCUGGCUACCAUCUGUAUCGAAGAGCUACUGGACGUGUUUCCCCGAGCUGAGUGGCGACGCGAGUGGGCACCGCAGCUUGUGCUCCGCAUUGCUGGAGCGAACGAAGGUCUCUUUGAUUCAGCCGCGGGCUGGCUUGCUGUUGCCCGUCGACUUCCACGCACUAUGCGUGGCACACAACUCACUACGGGAUUGGCAAUCUACGUCCUGCAACAUCGAAUCGACAAAGAUCCACAGGAAGGGGCAACGUCGGAAAAGCCUUUAAAGUUUCCGAUUCAGAGUGGACUUGUGGUGGAUAUCGUGGCUGGCAUUGUGGAGGACUUGACCCAGAAGUAUGCCGAGACACGCAAGAGCAGCAAGGACUCGAAGAAAACGCCGCCAUUUGAUCUGCUGUGCAAGAAGGUCGCCCUGAUGGACCUGGCACUGCAGGCGUUCCUGAAUAUUCUCACCGCAAAGGAAAUUAAAAUUAUGCUGGGUAAGCUAGAUCAGCUUGCUGACGCUCACAAGUCUACAAUGUCGGCGAAAUGGCACGAGCUCAAGACGUUGGUCAGUCUCAUGCAUCGCAAAUACUCGCUGGAGAAUUUGCGUAUCGGCCGCGUCCGAAGUGCAUCGCCGUCUGCGAAAACCGUGUUGGCGUUUAGUGACGAUGAGUAGAUAUGCAACAAGGGAUAGAGAUUAACUGGACCUCGUUGAGUUUUAUGUCGGUAGCACUAGUGCUGCUCUUGGACCAGUGCCGCAUACUGUUUCUGCAAUUUGACCUCAAUGAGCUGCUGCGAG